AUGUCAACAGAGCAGCAGCAAUUAAUUUUUACAGGAAAUAAAAGACGAAAUGACUACAAAAAAAUUUCAAAUUGCGACACUACUACGAUAAUACUCAUUAUUUUAUUCUGCAGUGGAGUUUUAUCAAUUUGUAUUGCAACGGGCUCUGGUUUUAUAGUAAUGAUUAUUCGUCUUCUACUCGGUUUAAAAAACUUACAACAACCACAAUUAAUCCGGCAACCUCCGCUACAACUGGAAAUACUUCAUCAGCAACUUCAACAACGAAAUCUCCAAAAAUAGCCACAAAGACGCCGUUCUGUAAAAAACGAAUUGUAGGAUUCUUCACGGAUACCCAGUCAACUGAAAUUACAGUUGAUCAACUUUCCAAGCUGACUCACGCGGUUUUCGCAUUUGCUAAAAUGGAUUAUCUUCGAAGUUUAAUAUUGAGAAAGAGCCCACGAUUUGAGGAGUUGAAGAGAGUCGCAGCGACAUCCAAUUCCGGUGUGAAAAUAAUGAUUUCAAUUGGCGGUGACGAGAAUUCACAGUACUUCUCAUCUGUGCUUUCCGAUAUCACCAUGUGUAAACUCUUCAUUGAAUCUAUCAUUGCAUUCAUUCAUACAAAUUCAAUCGAUGGAAUGGACAUACAUUGGAAGUGGGUUCCUGAAACUAAAGAAGAUGUCUACGUAUCAUUUCUUCGUAAUUUACAUAAAGCUUUACAAAGAGAAUUAGAGGGAUUAAGAGAUCCACUGACAUUGUCUGUAGUUGUUCCACACUACAUAAAUCACCGAGAGGCUGGAUACAGUAUACCGGAUAUUUUGAAGUACGUUGAUUUUGUGAACGUUUUCACAAUGGAUUAUUAUGGACCGAGUGAUGGCUCUACUGGACCUUUGUCUCCUUUGUACUCCGGACACCUGGACAAAAAACUGUUGACUCGACAAUAGAAUAUUAUGCGUGUGCAACAGGAAAACCAAGCAAAUUCAAUAUUGUGAUCCCAUUUUUCGUGAGGCAAUGGAAAAAUGUUGGAGAAACUGUGCGAGAACAUGAAUCGGAAGUGUUCAGAAAUGUGGCAGAUGCUGAUGAAAACAGUGAGGAAAGUGCCUAUAUGUCCCGAAAAACAGUCGCUAAAGAGAAGAUCCGACUAACUCUUCCAUCGUGGGAUACCUUAACUGAGACUUCUUCUAUGUACAAUAACUCAACGAAGACAUUUCUGGCAUUUGAAACCGAGAAAAGUAUACAUGCAAAAAUAGAAUAUGUGAUGAACAAGAAUUUGGGUGGAGUUUGGAUUUGGUCAGUGGAUAUGGAUGAUGAACGUUAUCACAGUUUGCUGAGUACUAUUCCAUCAAAGAAGUUUUGCUCAGCUGAUAAUAAGAAUGAUGAUAAAUAUGGAUGCCGCCAAAAUGUUCUUUAA